CACAGCUGACUUUGCUUACGUUUGAAUUACGUUUCUUGACUUUCUUCUUUCUUCAGCGUUAUUAUUCUCUUCCCUAGCACAUUAUUAGCACACUUCGAUUACUACAACUGUUGAAACCGUGAGAUUGUAGAAACGACGUACAACGGAGAUUCAUUUUUGUAAUCAAAAUUUAAGAUCACAGUUUUCAGGACUUUGGUUCUUACUUAAUAUGGCGGCACAAAUUUCAAACAUUUAUCAGUUCAAAAUAACCCUGAAAAGAAGUAAGCCCCCAAUAUGGCGACGCAUCCUAGUCCCAGAAGAUUACACAUUUUGGAAUUUGCAUGUGGCAAUUCAGCAAGCGAUGGGAUGGUCUUCUGCUGAAGGAAAUUACCAUUUACAUCAAUUUGAAAUAAUCAAUCCUGAGACAUCGCAGAAAGAUUUGAUUGGUGUUGAGGAUAAAUUCAGUGGUUAUGGAGAUGAAUUAAUCAAUGAAAAGAAAGUUAAAAUAGCCAAGUACUAUUCCCUAUCCAACAAGAAAGCAAAUUAUGAGUAUGAUUUCGGUGAUGGUUGGGAGCAUGAAGUCUUGUUGGAAAACAUUCUACCGGCAGUUGCCAAUACUCAGUAUCCAAAAUGUAUUGCUGGUAAAAGAGCUUGUCCACCUGAAGAUUGUGGUGGUGUUGGAGGCUAUGAAGACCUUCUAGAAAUUAUUGCUAAUCCUACUCAUGAAGAGCACAAGGAGCGCAUGGAAUGGCUGGAGGGGAUGGGUUAUGCCCACAAUAAUCAAUUUAAGCCUGAAGAAUUUGAUCCUAAAUCGGUUUCGUUUGAAUCCCUUGGUUUAUUCGGCGUGUUAGAUGGUGAGGAUGACGACAGCGAAUAAUAAACAUGAUUUAAACUUAUAAGGCUAUUACUAUUAGGUAGUGCCUUUAACACAAAAAAACGAAAAAGAA